AUGGAGGGGAGGAUGGCAGCAGCGAAGGAGAUGUGCUGUGGAUGUGAUCAACCGUGUUUUGUAGUACAGAGAAAAUCUUGCUGUCCUAAAGGAUGCAAACGUUGCGAGAUAAAGAAGUGCAAAGAAAAGCAGGAAUGUCAAUGUAAUGAUUGUAACUGCGGAUGUAAGUCGGCUAUUAAGGAAGGCAAGCAGUGCAAGGAUUCCGGUUGUCCGCUGUGUAUAGUAGUGUGCAAAACUGUAGAACAGGGCGGUAAAUGUAUAUGUAGUAUAUGUACCUGUGGAUGUGAAAAUGCUUUCAUGCAGAACAAGCCAUGCUACGAAAUCACACGUGAUAAGUGUAAGAAUUGCCAGAUAAGAUGCACAAAGCUAAAACCGGGUGAAGACUGCAUGUGCUACCUCUGUAACUGUGGAUGCAACGGCGUGAAUUGUCAGUGCUGCAGAUGGUGUAAUCCCGACACCACAUGUGGGAAAAACGGAGACUGCAACAGCGAGGAAAUACACGGCACCAAUUGCCCCAAAGGCAAGUGCAAACAAAGUCCUGGCAGUUGCUCCGAAGUCACAUGCAUGUGCAAAGAAAUGGGUAUGGUAGAGCGCGAAGGCCUAUGCGAAUGUAAAUGCAAGUGUGAAAAACAAUGCCCCAGAAUCCUAUGCGCCAAAGCCAAAAAAGACGGCACAUCCCGUCUAUGCAGCAAACAUUCCAAUGGUGGCUGCGGUUGUGAAUGCAAAUGCAACUGCAACGCCUUUGGCAAGUACUACUGUAAGGACCACGAAGCCGGCGGCAAAGGAUGCAACAUCAGCGAGUGCAAUAUAAUCUUCUACGGCAUUGGGCAAUGCCGCUUCCCCUGCACCAACUGCGGCAGGCUGUGCGACCAAGAUAGAUGCAUGAUAUGGAUACGUGUCAUAGUCAUCGGUUUGAUUAUUGUAGCAUCCUUGUUUGUGAUGCGGGCCAUAUUUCCCGAGAAGUUCCACGCGAUUAUGGCUAAAAUCCGCGCCUCAUUUCCCAUCACGUCUGUGCAUUCCGGCAGAUCGCUCAAUAAUCUCGUCGGUGACAGAAUUCCCGUGGAGGUGGGCAUUGACCGCUACCCCGCCUUCCGUGCAAGGACAUACACUGGCUUGGCGUAG